UGCCCCAGUCCUGGUGCCAGCCCCGUGUCCCGCGGGAGGAGCGGGGCGGGGCCGGGCCGGGGCGGUUCGGUUUCCUCGGGAGGUGCCAGAGCAAGGACAGCUCCUGGUAGAUCGCGGUCGCGGCUCCCGGGCCGGGGUUCCGGACCGGAGCUUGCCAUGUAUCCCAGGAUUAAAAGCCUCGCGCUUUACGCCUUGUCCAUCACGCUGCUGGGCUGGGUUCUGUACGUGAAGAAAGAGGCAAAGUUGGCAGCGUCGUCAGCAGACCAGAAAGUGGAUGUAGUGGAUCCUAAAGUGAAACCUUUGGUUAUGGAGAACGCUGAACCCAGCAAGUGUUUGCCAGACUUGACCCUUGCCAAUUCCUCUCUCGCCCUCCCAGCGCUUCACCGCAUCUUCCUAACAUACAGGCACUGCCGGAACUUCUCGGUCCUGCUGAAGCCUUCCAGGUGUAGCAAAGAGACAUUUCUCUUGCUGGCAAUCAAAUCUUCCCCCAUCAACAUAGACCGUCGGGUGGCAAUCAGGAACACCUGGGGGAAGGAGGGGUCCAUCGGCGGCAAGCAGGUCAGGUUGGUGUUCCUCCUAGGGCGCUCGGAGGCCAAAAUCCAGGUGCAGCCCUUGCACCAGCUGCUGGCGUAUGAGAGCCAGGAGUUUGAUGACAUUGUGCAGUGGGAUUUUGUUGACAACUUCUUCAACUUGACCCUCAAGGAGCUGCACUUCCUCCGCUGGUUCAUGGAGGACUGCCUGCACGCCAGCUUCGUGCUGAAGGGCGACGACGAUGUCUUUGUCAACACGUACAACAUCGUGGAGUUCCUCCAAGAGCUGGACCCUGGACAGGAUCUUUUUGUUGGGGAUGUGAUUGCCAACGCCCGGCCCAUCAGGAACACCAGGGUCAAAUACUUUAUUCCAGAAUCCAUGUACAGAGCCCCCUUCUACCCCCUCUAUGCGGGCGGGGGGGGCUAUGUGAUGUCUAGAGAGACAGUGCGCCGCCUCCAGAGCACUGCAGAGGGCAUGGAGCUCUUCCCAAUAGAUGAUGUCUUUGUAGGAAUGUGCCUGUUAAAGAUGGCAGUGACCCCAAAGAACCACGCUGGCUUUAAGACUUUUGGGAUCCAGAGACCUUUCAAUCCUUUUGAUCCCUGCCUGUACAAAGGGCUGAUGAUUGUGCACAAACUAAACCCGACUGAGAUGUGGAUUAUGUGGACGCUGGUAAAGGAUGAGAGCAUUAGGUGUGCAGUGUCAGUGACACACAACUAGAGAGGGGCUUGGAAGAGGAGCUACUGAUGAGGACAGGACAGCAGGAACUUGACCGGUGACAGCCACGGGGUACUGGAACUAAAAAUCAGGUUGUGGUAGGAACAUAUCCUCUAACAGACUGUACUUGAGCCCUAGGGGGUUGUUUUACUGUAAGUCUUUUUUCUGUUGUUGGGUUACUGGAGCAGGUGAAUUGUCACAGGGUGGGGAUGUGGUGUAGGGGAUUUGGCUCAGUUCCUCCCAGACUGGAGACAGGGGAAGUCAUAUCUGCCACAGGGACGUGAGUGAGGGGCCACCAGCUAUGGAGGCUUUGCAACACCAAGGCUGGUGUCUGACUACCAGCCAGAUUCAGUCUCGUGUGGGAAGGCUGAUGAUGACUAAUGAGUGACAGAGCACUUGAAGUUACUUGAAAGGGUAGAAGAAUGCACUACACUGCAACUCUGCUGUCCCAGGCCAGCAAUCCCACAGGUCCUACUGGACAGCAGGAGAAGGGGAGUGGACUGGAGGGAGGGAAAAAAAAAAGCUUCAAAAAUGUAUUGCCUUAACACAGCAUAAUGAUCCAAGGGUCUGGGCUCUAGCUCAGGCUGUUUGGAUUUUCCAGGAGUUUAUUACAGGUUUAUUUGCACUGGAAGUUUUUGCACAAACACUUUCUGAUUGGGUUGGAG